AUGAGAACACACAUAACUUUCCUCGGCGCCCUGCUCAUCAGUGAGGUCGCUGCUCAGUUCGCGCAGCACGAGGUUCGCGGGUUUGACCUCGUUGAUCUAGAGCCGACACAUUUACCGCAGGAACCAAACGAGGCCCACGAUGCAUACGGCGCAGAACCCACCCUCGUCUCUUCGAGUGCAGCCAGCGCCAGCGACGUAGUAUACGAGGGCGCCGAGCUCUCCCGGCGGAUCGAUCUCGGUAGUAGCGUCCCAAACAUUGACGACAUCAGCGACCAAGUCUUCAACAACGUCAAGGGCGAGGUAGCCGACGCCGCCAACGCCGCGACCAAAGGUGUGUCCGACGCCUUGUCCAAGGCCCUGUCUACCCUCUCCGACGCUGCAAACGCAGCCAAGAAAGCCGUGCAGGAUGGCAUCGACGCGGCCGAGAAGGCCUUCGACGAUGUGAAGAAGACGAUCGAGGACCUGUUCAACAAGGCCAAAGCCGAGCUCGAGAAGCUGCUCGAUGAGGCCAGCAACGCGAUCCGUCAGUGGGUUUGGGAGCAUAUUGGUAGACCGCUCGUGAUCAUCCUGGUCAUACUCUCGAUACCCUUCGUGUUGCUGUUCCUCUGGGGCGUGCUGGCACAUUGCCUGAAAAGCCGCGCCGAGGGCGCCGAGGACCCGUCGCCGAGCUCAGCUAACGUCGAGAUGCGUCCAAUGGGCGCCGGCAGCGGCAGUGCCGGUGAGACCAAGAGUACGAGUUCUAGCGGAUCGACAAUAGCGAGAGUUAUUGUGCGCGGUUGGGAUAAGCACGGACAGGGGCUCCUGGGUCUCUUCCCGGUUCUCGGUAGCUUCGUGGCGUGGAGGGCGAGGAGUAGGCAGCUCGACGAGAUGGCUAGGCUAAAUAAGCGGCUCAAAAAGCAGCUCGAGGAGAUUACUAGGCUACGUAAGGACGUUAACUGGCUGAUGGGGGAGAUGAGCAACUGGCGUCCUUCACGUCCUGAGCCGAAAGAGAACCCGUUCGCGGGGGGUGAUGAGUAA